CGCUCCCACAACCCUUUGCGGUGGUUCAAGAUGACGGCGCCCAGAGGUUCCAUCAGCGAUGCGGAGAGCAGCAGCGGCGGCAGCGACGCCGAGGAGCUGGCGCGGUGCCGCGAGGCGGCGGUGCCGGCCUGGGGCGUGGGGCAGCGCCCGAGAGGCCCGGAGAAGAAAAGAGCCGAUGCUGCAAAUAAUCAGUUGCCAACUACCCAGCCAAGCCUCAGGCAUAAGGUGGAUGAGCACGAACAAGAUGGCAAUGAGCUUCAGACCACCCCCGAAUUCCGAGCCUACGUAGCCAAGAAGCUGGGAGACCUGCUGGACAGCUCCAUUACCAUCUCAGAAGCUGUGAAGGGACCAACAAAGGCGGAGGUACAGAAAGCCACCCCGGAGGAUGAUGGCUUCCGCCUCUUCUUCACCUCCAUCCCCGAAGGCCCUGAGGAGACAGCUGCUCCCCAGCCCCGCCGAAAGCGACUGCCUUCCCGCUCCAGCAGUGAGGACAGUGAUGAGGAGUGGCAGCGGUGCCAGGAGGCAGCUGUGUCAGCCUCUGCCAUUCUGCAGGAGUCCGCCAUCCAUGGUCCUGUCAAGGUGGAAAAAGAAGCAAAGAAGAAGAAAAGGAAGUUGAAAAAGAAAGCCAAGGAGGCCAGCACAGACUUGACCACAGCCACCACCAUCACAAGCAAGGCCACAGCCAGGAAGCAGGGAAAGGAGUCAGCCAAGCUCAACGGAGACCUUGUGUCCCUGGGAACCAAAAAGAAGAAAAAGGCAACGAGGGCCAUUGAGGCCUCCCCAUUCCCACCAUCGAAGAGCGCAGCAGCCUCGCCUGCACACUGACCAGGUGCAGGGCGGGCCCAGCUAGUCCCAGGGAUGAGGUGCCACUGGGGCGGGGCAUUUCCAGGCGCUGCCUCCCUCUCCACGUUCAGGGACUUGGCUGUAAGUCCAGACUCUGCCCAUGAACGGGGCUUGCCCAAGAGUCGGGGCAAAGCCUUGGCUGUAGAGUGAGAAGCCUAAGCAAGGCCUGCCCUCCUGUCCUCCGGGGCUGGGGCAGACCUGUGGUACCAGAACGUUCCGUGGUCUCGGAAGAAGGAGCCUUCCAGCUGGUCAAGGCUGAUAGCCGAGCAGUGACGCUUCCAUCUCCCCAGGGCUGUCGGAGGAGGUGAGUGAAGGGAGACUCACCCACCUCCUCAGCCUGGAGUGGGAGACAGUCUUAAGAAAAUGAGGGAAGAGGUCCCUGAGGUGUCAAGGCCCAAAGAGUUUGUGCUUCUCCCCUCUGCCCUGUGACUGGAUAUAACAUUGUCUGAAAAAGAAGGAGAGAUUCCCCCCUCAUUUUCCAGAACUUUCUCUACAUUUGUGAACACACCACACACGAUCAUAUCUCAACCAGAUUAUCGAAAAUUAAGGGUCAGACCCAGCACGGAACUAAGUGAUUGGGUGCUGCCUCCAGCAGUGCUGAAUGCUGAUGAGACAUUUUAAAUCAGCACCACACAGGAGGGUCCCUGCCCCGGCUGCAGGCUACGGAAGUGCCACAGGCCUUGUGGACUGGGCUUCAUGCACGAGGCCUAUUCACGGAGCAGAAGGCCAAGGUUAAGGUAAACUAAUGGCACCGUCGCGUAGAUUCGGCAGAGCAAGAAUGACAGGUGGCCCCCGAGAGUCUGCGUGUGCUGGACCCAUCCCUCCGGCUCCUGGCCCACCUGCGCCUCCCUCUGCCUGCCCAACCCACUGGGCGAUGGGGGACAAGCAAGAAGGUUCCAGUAUGUUCCUCGUUUACUUUAUUAAAAGUUAAAUAAUGUACAGGCUCGUCUUUAGCUGGCUGCCAGCUGCAGGGGAUGCAGCUCUUCAUGGUCCCAGGAUGGAGGUGGUCUAAAGCAGCGUCGCCAACUGGUGGUCCGUGAGGUCCGAAAGGUUGGCGACUGCUGGUCUAAAGGGCCCGGUUCUCGCAGCAGCCUCGGAGGGGAGGUCGCAGGAGCCUGGUGACACGGCACCUUGUUCCCUGGGUGGUACUCGGGCUCUUCGGGGCUGCAUCUGCCUGGACCGCCUCAUCCCUCAGGCCCCAGGCUUCCAGGCCUCAGGCUGGUCCACACAGGUGACUCCUCUCUGCUGGUCUCGUCUCUCCCUUCUCCCUCUGGGCACCUCUGUUCUGCCAGCUGCUCAGGCCUUGCUGCCUUCUGAGCUCAGCAGCUUCUCCUCCAAACCAGGGGAGGGUUUGCAGGACCCCAGAGCCCAGAGGAGCCGCUGCCCCAGGACUUAGCACCAGGCACAAAGUUGCAAGGCUCCACAGGAGUGAGGACACUUCCUAGCCUUGGGGGCUUUUCAGCAGAGGCAAGAUACCAGGCUGGCACCGGAAGACAUGAUGCUCGGGAACAAAUGUCCCAGGAAACGCGGUCACAGGGCCCAGGGAGGGGGAAGCUGAGAGCCCUGCUGCCUUCAUUCGCUUGAGCUCCUCGAGGGCUUGGGCGUCCGAGCUCCAGGCCUCAGGCAGAACAGCCCCUCGGAAUGCUGAUGUGAGUGGGGGCUGGGUGGGAACAA